GGAGAAAACGUUUCGACUUGAGGGGCCAUGUCCUUCCAAGCAGCGCGGCAUGUUUCCUCCCUGCUGCUGCCACAGCAAAGCUCUGAGGACCUCGUGGCGCAAGGCCUCGCCGCACGUGAAGCGAGGCGGCGCACCGUCGUGCGGAACUGGCUUGCGGCACGCGCGACUAAUUUGAUAUGGAUGCUGAUGCUGUCGGCGAUAAUGAUGCCCAUCACGAUCUCUUUGUUGCUGCUUUCGACGCUCUUCACGGCCAAGAUUUGCGAUGCCUUUAGUGGAAACGAUGCGGCUGGCGUCAUUGGCGGUUUCCUUUUCGGACACUUUGACGACCCCUGCAACCAACCCAUCGGCGCACUUCAGGUGAUCUUCUGGGUUUUCUUGGCCAUCAAGAUGAUCCUCUUCUACAUUUGGAGCAAGUGCCAGGAUGUUGCUGAGUGCGAUUGCGAGAACAGCCGCAUUUGCGGCUUCUUGCGACAAGCAGGCCUCUACAUCAUCCUGCCGCCCACCGUGGCCUUCGAAUUGGUGUGGCCAGUGGCAACCUUUUGUUGCCUGGUGAUGUCCAGCACUUCCACUUGCUCCGCCCAACUUCGCUCCACCGCCUGGAUGCUGCUCUCCCCUUACUUCCUUCAGAUCGGCCUGGUGAUCUUCAGCUGCCUGUGGCCGUGGCUGAAGCCGAUUCUCUAUAGAACGGGACUGCUGAAAGAUCCAGCGAACCGUGUGCGCGACUUUACGAGGGUGAACUUCAGCGCGGAGGCGUUCAACGACUCGGACGGCGGGUAUCCUACGAACUGCCCCAUUUGCCUUGCAGACUUUGCGGCCGGGGACCAGAUCGUGGUCACGCCCUGUACUGGCCAGAAGCAUGUCUUCCACAGGCCCUGCUUGGCAAACUGGUUCCGCAGCCAACAGACCUGCCCACUAUGCCGCACCGCGCUCGGGGACAGCCUCCCCGAGACGCUUAAUCCAUGACCUGAGCUUGAGGGCAUGCCCUUGGUUCCUCAAAGGAACCUGGCAGCCGCAGCUGAUGGAUGAAGUGGUGAGUGGUCAUAAGCUGCAGGUGGGCAACUUCUAUUGACUGAGGCUGCUACAAAAAUGCCGUACGGAACUUUGCACUUUGCACAACCACUUUCCAGUGAGGGCGGAAAGUCGUCCAUCAGUAGUGGCUCUGAUCACUUGCAGCCUUUCAAAUGCACAGCACCAGCUCUCACAGAAUUUGGAGCACCUCCGCGGCUUAGGAUAGAUUACGUAUUUGCCGGGCGAGUGAGCCUGUCCUGCUCGGAUGCUUUUGAUUGGAAAGCAUUCAGCCGGG